CGCCGCAUGGCCCCGCCUUUCCUCUUCCGCGCGUCGGAAACAUGGCGCCCCCCAUCCCACUGUUAGCAGUGCGAGCAUCAGAUGGGACAUCUCUGCUCUGUGGACCUCCGCAGUGUGAGCAGUAUGCAGCCUUCCAGAGGGACCCUCAGGUCAGCAGGUGUGUGACCUUCAACAGAGAUGGGACGCUGUUUGCGUGGUGCAACGGACAAAAGGUCUCGGUGGUCAAGUCCGUGGACGGCUCAGUGUUGUUGGCCUUGGAUCUCCCAAAGACGGCUCUGUUGGACUUCUCUCCUCUCAGUAACAUCCUGGUUACCUGGCAACCGUACACCAAGGGUCCAAACUGUCCUCAGGGAGACGCCAACCUGCAGCUGUGGGACAUUUCCAGUGGACAGCUCAUCAAGUCUCUGUUUCAGAAGAAGGUGGAGUCCUGGUGUCCCACCUGGUCUGAGGACGAGAAGAUCUGUGUGAGGAGCGUCAACAAUGAGCUGCACUUCUAUGAAGACAACGACUUCACUCAAAUAGCCAACAAGCUGCACAUGCAGAAGGUCUCCAGCUUCACAUUGUCUCCUGGAGUUCAGCCGAGUAAAGUGUCCAUCUACGUGCCCGGCAGUAAAGGAGCGCCGUCUUUCGUGCGUCUCUAUCAGUAUCCGGCUCUCGGAGGUCCGACGGCGGCGCUCGCCAACAAGAGCUUCUUCAAGGCCGACAAAGUCUGGAUGCAGUGGAACCAGAAAGCGUCAGCAGUGUUGGUGACGGCGAGCACCGAGGUGGAUAAAAGUGGCGCUUCGUACUACGGCGAGCAGACGCUGCAUUACCUGGCAGUGAACGGAGAGACGGCACUGGUCCAACUCCCUAAGAACGGUCCGAUCUACGACGUGGCGUGGAGUCCGUCGUCCUCCGAGUUCUGCGUGGUCUACGGCUUCAUGCCGGCUAAAGCCACCGUCUUCAACCUCAAGUGUGAUCCCGUGUUCGAUUUCGGGACGGGACCCCGAAACGCUGUUUACUACAGUCCUCAGGGUCACAUCCUGGUCCUGGCGGGCUUCGGGAACCUUCAUGGGCAGAUGGAGGUCUGGGACAUGAAGAAGUUCAAGCAGGUGUCGAAGCCUCAGGCCGCAGACUCCACCUACUUCUCCUGGUGUCCCGACGGCGAGCACGUGGUCACGGCGACGUGCUCGCCGCGGCUGCGGGUCGGCAACGGCUUCAAGAUCUGGCACUACACCGGCUCCGUGCUGCACACCUGGUCGGCGGCGCCCGGCACCGAGCUGUGGGAGGUCGCCUGGCAGCCGUUCCCCGCCGGCGUCUUCCCCGAGCGGCCGGUCACGUACCAGGCCCCGCCCACCCAGCUGGGCUCCACGCAGGCCCCGCCCACCCAGGCCUAUCGCCCGCCCGCCCUCCGACACCUGCCAGCCUCAGCCAGCACCAAACUGCAUGAAGACGAGGCGCCCAAAGAUCUGCGUCCAGGAGCGUCAGCCGAGAAGACAAUGUCCAAGACCGCUCUGAAGAACCAGAGGAAACGGGAAGCCAAGAAAGCUGCCAAGCAGGAAACCAAACCUGAACCUCCCUCUGAACCCGCCCCCGUCACCAACAACCAAUCGGAGCCAAGCAGCGGCGACCCGGAGACGGACAAGAAGAUCAAGAACUUGAAGAAGAAACUGAAAGCCAUCGAGGAGCUGAAGGAGCAGCAGGAGUCCGGGAAGGUCCUCCAGAAGAACCAGCUGGAGAAGAUCCAGAAGGAGGAGCAGCUGCUGAAGGAGCUCCAGGAGCUUCAGAUCGAACUCCCAUGAUGCAUCACUGCUACACUGUACAGAAGGUGGGGGGCUUUAUGGCGGGGUGGCAUUUGAUUUGUUGACAUUUCAGAGGCAUUCUGGGAAAUGUGGGCAGCAGCUGAGAACACGAUCACCAUGGACUCGGCACUGUGAACGUUUGAGGCUUGUUGCAAUAUUGAAAAUAAAAACUUUCUCUGA